AUGCUGGAAGUGGGACAGAGGGAGAAGGAGAAUGGUAAAUCAGAGGAGCAGUGCCAGCUGGACUCUCUGGAUAAUCUGCUCGACAACAGCAGCUCACUGCCACAGGAAACAUUACUGAAUGUGACUCUGCGUGCGGUAGAUCUGCUGUCUCAGUGGAAGGGGGAGGUGGGAGAGAAGCAGAUAGAUGUUGCACUGAAGAUCCCAGAGAAGCUGGCGUUAGCGCUGGUGAAGCCCACGCAAACCCAGCACAGCAGCAACCUCUCUACUGAAAAAUUAGAGGUGGAAGCAUUGGCCAUUGGACCAGAAGCCAAACUGACAGGAACGCCUCAGCUGAAAUCCAGAGACAACUUUUGCAAAAUAGAUCUACUCGGCAUUGCCAAGAACAACAAUGGAUCUGGAGCAGUGGUCUUCAUAGCCUAUGCCAACAUGGAGGAUGUGCUGAAGGCCAGACUCUUCAACAUGGACAACAACACCAUCAAGACCAUGAUGUCCAAUGUCAUCUCUGCCUCCCUCCCCAAUACCAAAAACACAACAUUGCCCAAACCGGUCAAUUUUACCUUGAGACACCGAAAGAAGGUGAACCCUAAGGGUAAUCUCACCUGUGUGUACUGGAAUCAUAACGGGUGGAUCGUGGAUGGCUGUGAGGCCACAAAGAUCAAUUCCAAUUACACCAUGUGCACCUGCAACCACCUGUCCACCUUCGCCCUCAUCAUGCAGACGGGCAGACCACCAGAGGAUGACAUCAUCUUGAAGUGGAUCAGCAUGAUUGCAUUGUCAGUGGGGCUGCUGUUUCUGGCCCUGGCCAUCCUGACCUUCAUCCUCUGUCGCUGGAACCCUAAAGUCAGCAACACAGCACGCCUGAACCUCUCCAUCUGCCUCUUCCUGGCCCACCUGCUCUUCCUGCUGGUGCAGAGUUCCCUCUCUCACAUCCAGAAGCACAAGCUGGUGUGUGCAGUGAUCUCGGGCGUGCUGCACUUCCUCUUCCUGUCCAGCUUUGUGUGGAUGUUCCUGGAGGCUCUGCAGCUCUUCCUGUUGGUGCGCAACCUGAGAGAGGUCAGGAUUAUACAGAGGGAGGGAAUUCACUGGGGCUUCCUGCUGCUGAUUGGCUACGGCACCCCCUGUCUGGUAGUGGGUGUGUCUGCAGGAGUGGUUCCCGAAGGAUACGGCAGCAAAGAAUGCUGGCUGAAGGCUGAUGAGGGCUUCAGGUGGAGUUUUCUGGGGCCAGUGUGUUUUAUCCUUGCAGUGAAUGUCAUCCUCUUUAUUACCAUCGCUGGAUACCUGUGGUUUGCUCUGGCAGGCCGGGACAAGGAAAUCUCUCAACUGAAAGACACCAGGAUGUUGGUGUUAAAAAUACUAUUCCAGUUCAUCAUUCUUGGUUGCUCCUGGAUGUUCGGCUUCUUUGUGAAUAACAGCAAGGUGCUGGAGUAUCUCUUCCUGCUUAUAACCUCCCAGCAGGGCACAUUCAUCUUCCUGGUGCACUGCGCCCUCAGAAAAGAGGUUCAGGAAUGGUACAGGAAGUGGUGGAAGAUCCUUCGCAACUCCAGUGAUGCCUCUGACUCCUGUAACUCCUCCAAGACAUUCCCGAUGUCCUCGAACGUCACAAACAAAGAGUCCACUUUACAGGAGACGUGUUCAAGCCUUUCAAAAGCUGCCAGAUGA